ACUGAUGGUGCGCGCUGACACUGGCCACUAGAUACAGUGACCAAACCCAAACCGAAUCGACAACUGUACACGAACAAACCUUGACGAUCCCCUGCAUCCGACACAGUAUUAUCACACACACACACACAUCGGGUGAGUUGGACACCUCGUUCUGUUCAAUUUAGACCCAUUUCAAAGCGGGUCAUCCGGAGCUACUGUCAGUACGUUGCGUCCGAUCGAAGUGAGUGUACUACAAUCCCCCCAGCAGCAGUGUGUGUUGUGUUGAGGCUCACAUAAUCCAAUCGAUUAGCUAUGUUGAGGAUCAGCAGCAGUGUGAUGAACUUUAGCACCUUUAUGGUGCUGGUAGCUGCAUGCACUGCGCUCCCAAAAGACACUCCAGAGCUGGUGCCGGAGGACGCUGAAACGCUCGAUGGGCCACCGUUUCUGGCCGAACUGCGUGACCAGUGCCGCAACACGACCGGAGAUGAUACGACGUUCAACGAGCUGAAGGAACACAUCUCCACCGAUCUGCCGAAAUGCUUUAUGGCCCACGUCAACAUGGACCAGCUGAAGACGGACACCUCCAAGCUGGAGGAGCAGGAAAAGAAGAAGCUGUUUGAAAAAAUCUGUGAACAGAUUAACGAAUCAGUCACCUGUCUAACGCCGGUAAAGGCUAAGCUGAAACCGUGCCUCGAUGAGGAGGAUGUUAAGAUCAUGGAGCAGGUUGUGGCCACCGUACCGGAAGCACUGAACAUGGCUUGUACCAACAGUGGCGCUUUGUUGCAAAAAUUCACCGAGCCAGCGUAUCGGUCCUGCGCCAUGGAACUACCACCAAUGAUUGAGGAAUGUACGAGCGAGCUUCCCGACAGCAUGGAGAGUCUUCCAUUUUCGCAAUACUCCGAAAAGCAGUGCGGCGAAAUCUACACCAUGCGGGACUGUUUCUCUCGAAGAAUCAAAGAGUGUGGUGCCACGGGCUACAUGGACUUCUUCAUACUGUUCUACCGGAAAUUGCUCGCACUGACGCCAUGCAAAUAAGACAUGCAAGCUAACAAGACAUAAUGAUCUUCCCCGGGUGACACCUAUUCGUCAUUUUGUCUUAUCUUUCCAAUAGGCUUGUUGGCGGUGGACGUUCUCCAAGCGCACAAAUGCUAAUAAAAAUUUUGCCUUCGUUAUUAUUUUGAUCGUA